UAGACUGAAAUAAAAACACUAAACCCUCCCCUAGACUGAAAUAAAAAAACACUAAACCCUCCCCUAGACUGAAAUAAUGUUUAAACCAUGUCCCUCCCCAAUAUUCCUCCAUGUAGGCCUACCCCGUUCUGUAAAUUAAACAUGGUCCUUAAGGCAGGUUUUGUGCACAGGUUUUGUGCACAGGUGCACUCCAUAUUAGCAGAGCAAAACAAGAACAUUUAAAAUGUUAGGAUUUGUCAUCGUUACCCCUACCUCCUUGGUACAUGCAUACAUCUGACUAUGAGUGAUUCCUGUCAGAUCCACAUUAUGACCUAAAGUGAAGAACAUUACAAAAUAUUACAUUUUCCCUAUAAUUUAUUGAAAGUGCUUCAGCAGUAACCCAUGUACCUAGGGUUAUUAUUAUAUCCUACUUUUGACCAGGACCCAUGUAGAUCACCAAAUAGGGAAAAGGGUGGCCCCUGCUAAAGCCCUAAUUUAUCCAGCUGUAUUUCUCGCAGUACAGGAAGUUAGCGGGCUAACCCAUACUGUGUGGCUAAUUAGCGUUGGAGGCUUACUCACACUGAGAAUCAAACACAGAAUUUAGCAGCUGUCGCUAACACUGCGAGGGGUCACAGAGGACUACGAGAACUAUGUAUACAAUGUUCAGUUGAGGGGUAGCUAGCAGUGGUUCUGGUUCGAUACUUCUGCAGGUGCUAACUACUAAUCCCUCACUAGGCUCUGUGUGAGUACAAUGCAGACCAAUAGAUUUUAAAGUCUGUGCCGUGCUCCAGGAUGCAACCCCACUCAGUCCUACACGCCAAACCCACAGGCGUCCAAUAGAAGUGCAAGAUAAAUUGUCCGGUCAACAGUCCAUUGAACACAUCCCAAACACUUUACCUUGGUGUGAGACUGGGAUCAGGGCUCUCUGACAUCUGCAAGAGGAUAAAUACACAUUGCACAAAGGAAAGGAUGCGAGAAAUCGUUUACAUUCAGGCUGGCCAGUGUGGCAACCAGAUCGGCGCAAAGUUCUGGGAGGUGAUUAGUGAGGAGCAUGGAAUCAACUGCACUGGGGACUAUGUGGGCGACUCAGACCUUCAGCUGGACAAGAUCAGUGUCUACUUCACCGAAUCCUCGUUCUCCAAGUAUGUCCCCAGGGCCAUCCUAGUGGACCUGGAGCCAGGAACAAUGGACAGUGUGCGCUGCGGACACAUAGGACACCUCUUUAAACCGGACAAUUUCAUCUUCGGUCAGAGUGGAGCUGGUAACAACUGGGCUAAGGGCCACUACACAGAGGGAGCAGAGCUAGUGGAAGCAGUGAUGGACGUGGUGAGGAAGGAGGCAGAUAACUGUGACUGUCUCCAGGGCUUCCAGCUUACCCACUCCCUGGGCGGGGGCACAGGCUCUGGUAUGGGGACCCUACUCAUCAACAAGAUCCAGGAGGAGUACCCCGACCGUAUGAUGGCCACCUUCAGCGUGGUCCCCUCCCCUAAGGUAUCGGACACGGUGGUGGAGCCCUACAACGCCACCCUCUCUGUUCACCAGCUUCUAGAGAACACAGACGAAACUUUCUGCAUCGACAAUGAGGCGAUCUACGACAUCUGCUUCCGCAAGCUCAAGCUCCCCACACCCACCUACGGAGACCUCAACCACUUGGUGUCGGUCACCAUGAGCGGGGUGACCACAUGCCUUCGCUUCCCAGGCCAGCUCAACGCCGACCUCCGCAAGCUGGCCGUCAACAUGGUACCCUUCCCCCGCCUGCACUUCUUCAUACUGGGCUUCGCCCCGCUCACUAACAGGGGGGGCCUGCAGUACCGUGCUCUCACCGUGCCUGAACUCACCCAGCAGGCGUUCGACGCCAAGAACAUGAUGGCAGCCUGCGACCCGCGUAACGGGCGCUACCUCACUGCGGCGAUGGUGUUCCGGGGUCACAUGUCUAUGAGGGAGGUGGACGAGCAGAUGCUGGCCAUUCAGAACAAGAACAGCAGCUACUUUGUGGACUGGAUCCCCAACAACAUUAAGACAGCGGUCUGUAAUAUCCCACCCCCUGGACUCAAGCUGUCCGCCACCUUCAUAGGUAACAAUACAGCCAUCCAGGAGCUGUUCAAGCGUCUCUCUGAGCAGUUCACCGCUAUGUUCCGUCGCAAGGCCUUCCUGCACUGGUACACGGGAGAGGGAAUGGACGAGAUGGAGUUCACCGAGGCCGAGAGCAACAUGAAUGACCUGGUGUCUGAGUACCAGCAGUACCAGGAUGCCACCACUGAGGAGGAGGUGUUUGAGGAUGAAGAGGAAGAAAAAGGAAUAGCCUGAGAUCCAGAACCAAAAUGUAACUUUCUUAAACCAUCAAAUAAUAGGCCGUACCAACACUAACAAAAUCG